AUUUGAACCAUUGGUUUCUACACCUUUACCAAGGUUUCGGUAGUGUUGUUCUGUUCGGUGAAGUUAACAAACACCGACCACCGGUAUCGUCCGCACUGUACCGGUAGCCAGCUUUACAGCGACGUUCAUUCCUGCAUUGCCAUCCAACUCGAGGAGCGAGGAGCUCCCAACAUCUCACACAAAAUCUCACCAACGACCUCGAUCUCUCUAAUAUCAUACUUCCAUCUAUCGUUGCUUUAUUAAACUUUUUGAUUGACCAUGGCGUCCACAUUUGAAACUACCCCCACCAACAGCAAACGCAAGGCCGAGAUUGCCUUGGCAGAAGCUCUUGUGGAUGGCGUGAACAAGGCCAACGAGAGUGUCCUCACUGCUACUACCAGCCAAAACUCUCCUUUUGAUGGCCAUCAGGGUGAAACAGUUGCUGAUGCAGCCAAGUCACAUGAAGGAGAUCGCCCUCAAAAGAAAGCCAAGUCGGAAAUCGAUGAGUCCACAGUUGCUACAACUCAAGAAGCCAUUGCGGCCAAGCUGAAUGCCAUGUCUAAAAAGUCCAACUUGAGUGACUACGAAAAGUGCAGCAUCUUCCCUCAAAAGCUCAUGCAGCUGCUCAAGAAUGACGAGGCUCCAGAUGCUAUUUGGUGGCUCGAAGAUGGCGAAUCCUUUGCCAUUGAACAGGAACAGUUCACCAAGGUCAUGAACAAGGUCUCUCGUACCAGCAAGAAAAAGGUCAAGCUCGAUAGCAUCCUCCGUAACUUGUACCGCUGGGGAUUCAAAAAACUCAAGGACCGCGACCUCCCUCCCAAUGUAUUGGCAUAUUCACACCCCAAAUUCAAGAGGGAUGCCUCUGUCGAGCUUCAGACGUUUUCCAAAAAGCCCGAAAAAGCAACUCCAGCAUUCCGUCCCAGCAUGGCCGCUCCUCCUUCGGCACUGGCGCGUGCCCUGAGUGCCCGGGCUCAAGCGGGAUACGGGGAUAACUGGAAUGAAGAGGGAGCGGCAGACAAGUCGUCCAUGAUGAUGCAUGCCGCCUCGCAGCCACAGAACCCGUACGACAUGUUGACCGGUGGCGGACAGCAGCGCCUCAUGAUGCAAUCCGUCAUGUUGCAGCAACAGCAGCAACAACAACGGCAAAUGUUGCUCCAGCAAGAGUUGUUUUAUCACGAACAGCAGCAACGACAGGCCCUUCUUUUGGAGAGAGCAUCCGCGGAACGUGCUGCCUAUGCUGCCCAGCGAUUUGCGGGUGCUCCUGCUCCUGGCUUUCAUUCCUCGGCUUCGGCGUUCCACCAACAACCUCCUUAUCCAUUCUAGAAUAAUGGAACAGCCAACCUUUUCCUGUCCGCCUGCUGCAUCAGUCUGAUGCGUCCCGUAACGAUUUUUGAUCUUGCAUUCCAUGAUUUGAAGAGCCAAACUGUAGCCUAACAAUUCCAUAGUAAGAAAAUUCCUAUUUUUUUUC